AGCAGCAGCGGGACCAUCAUGUCCAACGUGCACCUCUCCAGCGCCUCGGCUCUGGAGCGCUUGGCCGCCCGCAGGACUUUCCCCUUGCACGCCCGCACGGGGGUCUGCCGGAACCUCUUUGGCCCGGUGGAUCACGAAGAGCUGAGCCGGGAGCUGAAGAGCAAACUACGGGAGAUCAGCGAGGAUGACCAGAGGCGGUGGGACUACAACUUCCAGACCGACACCCCGCUGGACGGCCCGGGCAGGCUGCAGUGGGAAGAGGUGGAGGGAGGCUCGGUGCCCGCUUUCUAUCGAGAGACACUGCAGGUCGGGAGGUGCCGCUUCCCGGUGCUGCUGGUCAGGUCCAAGCCACCUCUGGGGGACCUGGAUACUCCUGCGGGGGCUAACCCCAGGGACUCUCAGCAGGAGCUGGUGGUGUCUGCGUCCUCCCUCAGCCCCCAGGGUAAGACGGCCGCCUCGGAAAGCACUAUCGCGGGGGGCAAAGAGCGGCUCAACCAGGAGAACCGAUCCGAUCAGCUCAACAACCACUCAGGGAUUACAAUCAAACCCGUACCCUGCGCGCCAGCGGCGCUCAAAAGGGUCUCGCCUUCCAGCGCAGCCCACAUCACAGAUUUCUUUGUCAAGCGGAAAAGGCCGGGGGACGCCAAGGCGGCCUGCGACCAUCCCGGCGGGUGUCCCGCCUCUGCGCCCGCCGAGCAGACUCCCCGGAAGCGGCUGCGGUGAACCAGAUUUUGCACUAUGACACCUAAGGGAGAUUUUGCUUCGUCUCUGGAGGCGCAUGGCCUAGCGGCUGUUCUGCCCACACUUCGGCAAGGGGCAACUCUCACGAGAUCUGGAGCAAGGAGGAUUAAGAUCUGGGUUCCCUAUACCUUCUCCCCCACGAGGAACUGCAUGCAGUGAGAGUGACUCUGACUACAGCCACAGACGGAGCAGUGUUAAUGUACAACUGUGCAAUGUAUUGCGUUUUAUAUAUAAAUGUAUUAUGCCUAAUGUGAGUACACUGGCCAGAAGUGUAAAGCUUUAAAGUCAUUUAUAUAAAAUGUUUAAUCUUUGCUGAUCUCAGUGCAAAAAAAUGUAUAUUUGUACAAAUUUUUUUUAAAGAGUUAUACUAACUUAUCUUUUCUA